AUGAGGUUUUUGGCGGCUCUAGGGCUGCUGGCGCUGAAUUCUAGCGCAGAGAAAUUGGCAUUUGAGGAGAGAGCGACUUGGAAGUCGCAUUUCAAGCAGCAUUUUAAUGAAAACACCAAGCUUUGGGAUAAUUUGGGGACAGCUCCGUUAGACGAAACGGCCGUUUUUAUCUUUGGAUUGAAACAGAAAAACGUGGAAAUCCUCGAGCGAGUAUUCUGGCAAGUUUCCGACCCUGACAGCUCCCAAUACGGCAAUUUUCUCAAGAACUCUCAAAUCAGUAAACUUGUCGGACGAGAUAAGCAUUUCGUCGAGCUUUUCCUCGCCCGACUUUCUGGCGAAAAUUUCGUCGAAGAUGAAGAAAAAGUGUAUCUUUCCCAGCAAAGCGCUUCAAAAUGCACCGUCAACUCGAACAUGGAUUGGGUCACGUGCGAGUUUUCCGUCCGAGAUGCGAUGCGACUUUUUGACAUUCAAAAAUUCCACGUCUUUCGGAAGCCUGGAAGCACUAGAAAAUAUAUCAGAACAACAUCGUAUCUGAAGAUUCCGCAGUCAGCGGCGGCGAUGAUUGACUACAUUGGUGGCGCUGUUUCCAAACUUCCAUCAGUGCACCAGAAGUUGUCAAUCGACAGAGAAGAUUUCGGAAAAACUAUCAAAGAAAACGUCCGACACAUUGGAAACUACCCAGAAGUCAUUCGAGCCAGAUACAAUAUUUCUUCCGAAACAGGGCGCCAUCCAGACAACAGCCAAUGCACUCCUCAAUUUCUCGAGCAAUACUACCACCAAGGCGAUUUGGACCUUUUCUGGCGACUUUACGGAAAAGGCUACGAGCACCGUCAAGAAAUCGACAAAGUAGUCGGCGACGUUCCUGGAGGCCUGUCUGGAAUCGAAGCUUCUUUGGAUACGCAGUACAUCAUGUCGACAGGGAACAACAUCACCACUUGGUUUUGGUACACUGCGGGAAGACACGAGCAGCAGGAGCCGUUUUUGCAGUGGCUUAUUGACCUGUCUAACGAAGAAAACCCGCCACUGGUCAAUUCCGCCAGUUACUCGGACAAAGAAAAUUCUGUCGAUCCAGAUUACAUGAAACGAAUCAACGUGGAAUUUAUGAAGGCAGGUGCUCGUGGCCUGACGCUGCUCUUUGCUUCUGGAGACGACGGCGCCGGAUGCCAGGAAAAUAAACGCUUCGAGCCGCAGUGGCCAUCUACCUCGCCGUACGUCACUACUGUAGGUGGAACAGCAUUUAUUCAUCCCUUCGAUAUUGGCGAAGAAGAAGGAUACGACAUUUCUGGCGGCGGCUUUUCUGAUGUUUUCGAAAUGCCAGAAUAUCAAAAAGAACUUGUCGCGAGCUUUCUUGGAACUUCCGAAAAACUUCCACCAGAUGACUACUACCGCCCCACGGGCCGAGGCUAUCCCGACAUCGCCGCUGUUUCCAACCACUACUGGGUAGUCAACAACCGUGUUCCCGUCCCUGGCGUUCUGGGCACCUCCGCUUCCUGCCCCGUCGUCGCUGGAAUUCUAGCGCACAUCAACGACUACCGACUCCGAUCGAAUCUCCCGCCGCUUGGGUUUGUCAACCCGCUGCUUUACAAGAAUCCUGACGCGAUUACCGACGUUACCCAAGGGUACAACGCUGGCUGCGAUUUGUCGGAGUACUACGAUCGAGGAUUUUAUGCUCAGAAAGGCUGGGAUCCUGUCACUGGGCUUGGGAACCCGAAUUUUCCGACGAUGCUCAAAGUGGCGAUGGAUGCUGCUUUGAAAAAACACGCCAAAUACCCGGUCGACAAUUGA